CUAGUCUAUUGUAAGAUGUCUAUAUCACUAACAGCAGCUAAAAUUCUGGCCCUUCAGGAUCCACAGGAACAAGAAAAGAUUAUGAUGAUGGAGCUAAAGGAAGAGGAACAGGCUUGGGAGCAUGAGACCAGACUAUAGAGAAACCCAUCUGCCAGUCAAGAGUUCUUCUGCCAGCGCUUUAGGCAACUCUGCUACCAGGAGAUGCCUGGUCUCCAGGAGGCCCUGAGCCAACUGUGAGUGCUCUCCUGUAAGUGGCUGAGGCCAGAGAGGCACAUCAUGAAGCAGAUCCUGGAGUUGCUGGUGCUGUAACAAUUCUUUACCAUCCUACGUGAGAAUCUCCAGUCCUGGAUACAGGGACAUUGCCCUAAGAAUGGAGAAGAGGCUGUGACGCUGGAGGAUAUAGAGAAAGAACUUGAUGAACCAGAACCGCAGGUCCCAGACCCUAACCAUGGAACUGCACAAGAAGAGCCGUGGGAGAAAAAGGCACCUCCGGGAGCAGGCCAGGAUACACGGAGCACCUGGCUCCAGCCCAAGGAGAACCAACCUUUCCCAGAGAGUGAAGAGGUAUAUUUAUAUUUUCUGUCAGCUGUUGCAGAUGAUGACCCAGAGCCCAAGGACAAAGGAUCAUUGCUAGAACAACCCUUUGCUGAGGUGGAAUCACAGGUAUUCCCAGAAAAACUUGCUGCUGGCACCUCCACAUUUGAAGCUGCUUCUGAAGUUGAGGGUACCUUACAGCAGCAACAGGGAAACCCUGAAGGGAAGAGACUGAGGAAAUCCCUUGCCCAGGGGAAAAGUUUCAGGAAGAUGAGUGUCAUCCGUAAGAAAACUCCCAUAGGGAAGAAAGACCACGAAUGUAGUGAAUGUGAUAAAACCUUCAUUUAUAAUUCACAUCCUACCAUACACCAGAGAAUUCAUACUGGACAGACACCCUACAAAUGUCAUGAAUGUGGAAAGUCCUUCAGGUGGAGUGCUUAUCUUGUUCAGCAUCAGAGAAUUUGUUCAGGACAGAAGCCUUAUGAGUAUAGUGAGUGUGAGAAGGCCUUCAGUUAGGGCCCAUACCUAAGUCAGCAUCUGAGAAUUCACAGUGGAGAGAAACCUUUUACAUGUAAAGAAUGUGGGAAAGCCUACAGAUGGAGUUCAGCAGAGCCUAUUAGACGUCAGAGAGUUCAUACCAGAGAAGAGCCAUCCCAGUGUAAUGAAGAUGAGAAAGUUUCCAGGCUGACUGUACUUUUUGUCUAA